AUCCAAAGUGGUUUUGAACGGAGUGCCCAUAAGGCAAGGUGGCAGAUUUCAAACCACGUUCUUCCAGGAGUUCUGUGGCAGCCAUUGGGAUGGAUUAUAUCUCUGGAUACCUAUCACUCGGUCUCUUGAUAUCAGCAUUGGACAAUCAAAAACCUGUACAGGAUUGGCCUUCCCAUGGAGCUUGCAGCCUUGAAAUAAAGAACAUCCGAAAAUUAGAUGCAGAGCCUCCUCAGUCAUAGACCCACAUGCACACACGCUUGCACAGCAGGACAGCAUGGCCUUUCGUAAGUGUGUGGCUCUCCUGCUACGUUCCAGCUUGGCUCCCAUGUGUCACCCAGGAUUCACGAGGACCCAGCCAAGAUUUCUUCACACAGUUCCUAGACUCAGCAGUCAAUCCCAGCAAAAUGGUUCCUCGGGCUCUAAAGUGCUGGUGCACUUUGUAAAUCAGUCGGGGAUAAAGAGCAGCGUGUUUGUCACGGAGGGAGAGACUCUUCUAGACGUGGUCAUCAAGAAGAAUCUUGACAUCAGUGGCUUUGGAGCAUGCGAGGGCACUCUGGCCUGUUCGACCUGUCACCUUAUAUUUGAAGAGAAUGUGUAUGACAAACUGGAGCCAGUGGUGGAUGAAGAGGUUGACAUGCUGGAUUUGGCUUACGGACUCACCAAAACAUCUCGUUUGGGGUGUCAGGUGACUGUGGAGCGCUGGAUGGACGGAAUGACAGUUCACGUUCCGCAAGGGAUACAUGAUCAACGAGGGAAACAAGAGGCAGUCAGCAGCAAAUGAUAAGCAAGCUCUCACAUGUACAAUUACCAUGUAAACUUAAUAAAGGGGACAUCGGAUGCCCAUUUUCCACAAGUUGGUAUGAUUCUUUCAUGAAAUGUCUGUAACAUACUUAGGUUAAAAUUCCUUAAUAGUCAAG